AUGUCAACAUCUCCUGAGCUGUACAUCUCCUACCUCGCCAUUCUCAAAGCUGGCCUCGCAUUCUCCCCACUGCCCACGGACGCUCCUCUCGAACGAAUUCGCGAGCUCCUGGAGGACAUUGCGCCUCCUAUCGUGCUCGGUAUCGGUGGGAAACCGGAUGUAUGGGCCAGCCAGGGUAUCCAGACUCCCUGGAUUGAUGUCACUGAGGUAUCUCGAUGGAACCUCUUGUCAAACCAAGGCACGUCAAGUGAAGAUACAGGAUGCACCUUUCAGCCACGCCCUAUUGCCAAUAAUGCGUUGGCUUAUUUGCUCUUCACUAGCGGGUCUACUGGAAAGCCCAAGGGUGUCCAAGUGUCUCAUUCAUCAGCCACUUGCUCGAUAGCAUCCCACUCAACAGCUAUUUCUCUUCCGGAUAGGAACGAUGGCGGUUUCCGCUGGUUUCAGUUUGCAGCGCCAACCUUUGACCCUUCCAUCAUGGAAAUCUUCGUCACCUUGAGCAACGGAGGGACCCUAUGCGCCGCGCCAAGAGCUUUGACCUUGACAGACCUUGAAGGUUCAAUCAAUGAAACUCUCAAGUCUCUGUGGUGCAUGGGUGAAAAGCUCAAUCGAACAGUGAUUGAUAACUUUGGCACGCGAUCACCAGAUAACCCAUACACCCUAGCCAAUUUCUACGGACCAACUGAGGCUGCCAUCAACUGCACGGUUCUGUCGCCUGUCAAGUACUCAGUCCGAGGAUCAAUCAUUGGCGAAGCCCUCCCAACAUGUUCUAUGUUUAUACUGGAUCAUGAGAGCCAAGUACCGAAGCUAGUCCCGGCUGGAUUUGUUGGAGAGCUUGCCAUUGGUGGCCAGCAAGUCAGCGAAGGGUACAUGCACCGACCCGAAGAGACGGCCAGAGCCUAUGUAUCAAGUGAGGAAUAUGGUCGACUGUAUCGGACUGGUGAUAUGGCCCGCAUUGUUUGGGAUAAGUCUGGCCGACAGCUUAUAGAGUUCCUUGGGCGGAUCAGCUUGGAUCAAGUCAAACUGAGCGGACGUCGUGUAGAACUAGGCGAGAUCGAGUCGGUUCUCUCCACUGUCUCUGGGGUGACUGAGCUAGUCGCUACAAUUGCCAAAGCAGGUGGUAGUCGAGAGGGAAUUGAGCAUAUUGUUGCUUGCAUUGUGGCGAAUGUGCAGUCAUCAGAUCAAAGGCAGAAGCUUGUUGACAGUUGCUGUCAAAAAAGCGACAGCUUCUUGCCUUCCUACAUGCGACCCUCGAGAUACACCUUCCUCGACAGUCUGCCGCGAUCAAGCUCUGGCAAAGUUGAUCGUAAGAAAGUCCACUCCGAGAUACUGGCAUCAGAUGUAUCUCAAUCUUUCAGUGCUUCUAGUGAGAAUCAGUGUCUACUCACCACGGAGGACGAGCUUGAGUCGAACUGUGAAGCUUUGCAGAGCUCGACUCUGACUCUCCUCAUGACAGCGAUUGGCGAGACCGUCGGUGAAACAAGCUCUGCCAUCAGCCCAGAGAUGUCGCUUGCAUCGGCUGGACUGGACAGUCUCGGAGCAGUGCGUCUCCUUCAGAAAUUGAGAGAUCAUUCGAUCACGGGGCUGGAGGUCGGAGAUGUCCUCCAAUCUGGCACUAUAAAAGCUUUGAUAGCCAAAGUAGCGCUCACCACUCGACCCCAAGUCUCAAUCUCAAAGGGCGCCGAGGAUGAAGUGGAACUUCGGAGGGUUCUUGGUGCUUUCGCCGAGAGAAACUUGCCGGUCUGCGCCGAGCAACUUGGGGUCCAUGAGGAUCGAAUUCAGACUGUGUUGCCAACUACAGCGACUCAAUCUGGAAUGCUUGCCAGCUUUCUGCGAAGCUCAAACAAGCCAGUUGGUUCAACUCCAGCUUAUGUCUAUCAUUCAGUCAUGCCAGUCCGUAACGGCAUAGAUAUUGAAAGAUUUAAACGAGUCUGGGACAUUGUGAUCAGUAGCUAUGACUCUUUCAGGACGGUCUUCUGCCCCAUGGAUGAUGACAUGUCUCCUUUCGCUCAGUGCAUCCUCAAGACAAGGGAUGACUUCGCCGAACCUACUUGGAGCACAUAUAGCCAUGGCCUGGAACAUGACGAUUAUAAUAGCACGGUUGAGCUGGCCUGUCGAAACGCCGAAGCCAAAAUUGAUAUUGGCUCGAACCCCUCGCACAUUUCUCUCAUCUCCUCCGAGACCCAGUCCACUGUUUUACUGAGCAUGUUCCAUGGUAUAUUUGAUGGUGGCUCUCUGCAAAUUCUCCUGCAAGAUGUGACAGAAGCUUAUGGAGGACGGCCUUUGCCGAAGCGUACGCCCUUGGAGCACAUUGUCUAUCAUCACUUCUCAGUCGACCCUAAGGCGACUGCGCUGUUCUGGAAUAAACAUCUAGAAGGCCAUUCGCCAGUCGCGUUCCCAUCACUCACUCCACUUCGCCCACUCUCAAGCAUCAAGACGCAUAUGAUCGAGGUCAGCUCCCUUAUCGGGCACAGGGAGCUGAAAACGGCAUGCAAGAGCAUGGGCGUGACGCCUCUCUCCGUACUUCAAGCAGCGUGGGCUUCGAUAUUACUGGCGUAUUCUGGAACUUCGGAACAAGAUGUUGUGAUUGGAAGUGUAGUCUCUGGGAGACUGGAUCCUCGAACUGAGAACUGCAUCGGCCCUACAUUCACCACUAUACCUAUCCGCCUCACACAGGAGGACCAUUACCACGGUAGAGCCGAGUGGACCAACCGUUCCGUCGCAGAGUCUCUCGUAUCAUCAAACGCCGCAGCACUGUCACAUCUUCAGCCUCGCCUUGGCUCAGUAGUCACAGCUGACGGCCGACUUCCCUACGACACACUAUUAUCUUACCAGGACUUCAAUGUCGGGUCUGAAUCUGAGGGUAUAUGGACUUCAAUUCAUCAUCCUCCUAUGGCAAACGACUUCAAAGUCAUGUUGGAAGUCUGGCCAGGACAUGACUCGCGGCUAUUACUCAGGGCUACUUUCAACGAUGAGUGUAUGGAUUGUGAGGCUGCUGAGCUGAUGCUCCGUGAGAUGAGUUGGACCAUAUCUAACAUCCUCAAAAAUCCGGAUGAGAGCUUCUCGGGAAACUCUUUUAUUGGUGAUGCGUCACUACGAUCCUGCAUUUAUCCAGCUCAGCCUCAAGAGUUUGCUCCAAACACACUCAUUCAUUCUCAGUUCGAAGCCCACGCAGUAUCGAAUCCUGACGACCACGCUUUAAUUUUCAGAAGCAAUCUACUCGACGAGGAUAGUCCAGCCAACAUCUGCUGGACUUAUGCAGACCUCAAUGCCAAGGCUCAAUCCCUUGCGGACCACAUGGUAUCCAUCCUGGGACCAUUGACAGGAACCGUUGUUCCUGUCCAUAUCGAGAAGAGCCCGGCACUAUACGUGGCCAUCCUGGGUACUCUGAAGGCUGGUGCUGCUUGGUGUCCUAUCGAUGUCUUUUCUCCGGCCCAGCGUCGCCAAGAACUCAUCGUUCGAACCGAAGGGCAACUAGUUUUAGUUUCAUCUGCCGAUUCUAUUGGGAUGGAGGGAGCUUUGCCAGAUGGCGUUAUACCCAUCGAUGUGUUGCCUUUCACGCGAAAUUCUAAGUAUGAUGUGAACUUCCAAGCCAACGAGCCACGCAUCACCGAUCCAACGAAGAUGGCAUAUAUGAUCUGGACCAGUGGUACCACUGGUGCUCCCAAGGGCGUACCUAUCAACCAUUCUUCUGCUUAUACUGCUAUCAAUGCUCUGAUUGAAGCCAUUCCCGGAACGCGAGAUGGGCAGCCCGUUCGGUGCCUCCAGUUUUCACAGCCCACAUUCGACGUGUUCAUUCAGGACCUGUUUUUCACAUGGAGCUCUGGCGGCGUGUUGAUCUCUGCGCCACGAGAGGUGAUGCUUGGUUCGUUUGCGGAGCUCGCCAACGUGACCGGUGCGACUCAUGCUCAUCUUACCCCCACAUUCUCGGCUGGACUUCAGAGGGCUGAUUUCAAGACUCUACAGACAAUCACCAUGAUUGGCGAGAAGCUUCCGCAGCCCGUUGCUGACGACUGGGGACAGAACAUGAGAGCUUUCAACACGUAUGGUCCGGCUGAGGCAACAAUUGUUUCUACGCUUCGCGAGUUUGGAAACGAGCACAAGAGUGUCAAGAGCGGAAACAUUGGCUGGCCCUUGAAGUCGGUCUCUGUAUUCGUAACUCGCGAGAGGAAACUCGUUAUGAAGCAUGCCGUUGGAGAGCUUGCGUUAGGUGGCCCCCAGCUGUCUCCUGGCUAUUUGAAACAGUCCGAAACAAACAAGCAGAAGUAUGUGUGGAACGGGGAAGUAAAUGAGGUCCUCUAUUAUACCGGAGACCUUGUUCGAAUGCUUUCAGAUGGUUCGCUGGAAUAUAUCAGCCGAACAGAUGAUCUUGUCAAGCUUGGCGGUAUUCGCGUUGAACUUAGUGAGAUCAGUUUCUCUCUGCGCCAUUGUCACCCUUUAGCCGAAGGUAUCGAAACCAUGGUUCUCAAUCGUCCUGACCGACCAAAUGACGCUGUUGUGGCUUUCAUCGCUGCACCACAAGCUGUCAAAUUGGGUCAAGAAGUACCGACCAUUCUCUUGAACGACACUGCGAUUAGCAUUGCUCGCGCCGCAAUCAGGGAAGCAUCUAUGUCUUUGCCCGAUCACAUGAAACCAUCAACCUUCGUUGUUGUUCCGAGCAUCCCCAAAACGCAGUCAGCCAAGGCAGAUCGACGCGCGCUUCAGGCUCUGUAUACGGACUUGGAUGUUGAUGGCUGGGAGAAAGCUUGCAAUGUCCCAAAUGAGGAUCUCAAAGGGCCAGCCGUUGAGAUUGAUUGCGAGGUAAAGGAUAGUGUCAUACAGAAUAUUUCGCUUUUGUCCCACAUCGAGCCAACCUCUUUUACCGAGUCAAGCAGGCUCCGUAGUUUGGGCAUCGACUCCAUUAGAGCUAUUCGUCUCGCGUCACGAUUGAACGAAGCUGGCUAUCGUCUCCCCGUCGUUGAUGUCCUCCAGUGCGAAACUGUCAGAGAUCUUGCCCUUUUGGCCAGUUCGGGAUCCAAAGCUUCGCAGGCAAAGAACUUGGUUGAUCUCGAGGAAUUUAAUCAGAAAUGGCACCGACAGUUGUCAGCCUUGAUUCCGGGGGGGUUCUUUGUUUGCCCCGCAAAGACCAUUCAGGAAGGUUUUCUCAGUGAAACAUUGACCACUUCAGCAAUGUAUUGGAGCCAUCACUCUUUCGCUCUUCACUCAGAUGUCGACAUUGGCAAACUCAAGCAGGCGUGGCAGACUGUCUGUCGGAGUAACGAGGCUCUUAGAGCCUGUUUCCUUCCAGUUGCCGCCCUUCAAAAGCAGGCAUAUGGCCACGAAAACGAUUCAGAUAUCCUUCAGAUCAUUCAUGAUCAGCAUGUAGUUGACUGGGAGUAUAUUGAAAGCACAAACAAGAGCUUGGGACAAGACUUGAACCAAAGAAUUGUCGCACUCCAGGACCGACAUCAAUCAAGUUACUUCCAGCAUCCGCCGUGGGCCGUCACGAUCAUGGACAAUCAUGUGGAGAGGACUAUGGUCUUUUCAAUUCAUCACGUCCUGUAUGACGGCCAGGCCCUUGGAUACAUCAUGAAUGAUGUCUACUGUGCAUACGGCGCUGGUGCACCCAUCAGACCUCAACUUGGAGAUGCCCUCUCUCUUGUACUGCCCAGCAAGAGAGCAUCUCUCGAUGCACAAAGGUUUUGGGAACAGGAACUUUGUGAUUAUGCCGAGCUCGAUGUACCUUCAUGGCCGAAUCUUACUGGAGAGAGGACAAUACCCGAGCAGGAAAAGGACCGCAGAUUUAUUACGGAGACUGUUCGACUUUCUGUCCGCCCCACGCAACUCGAGACCAGGGCUGCUGAACUCGAUGUCUCAUCGGUCGCAUCUGUUGUUCGAGUAGCCUUUGGACAUGUGCUAUUGAGUUACCUGGGCAGCCCCGGCGUCGUAUUCGCAGAGACACUAUCCGAUCGUGUACUGGACGCAGAUAUCGAUCGUACCAUCGGACCUUUCAUCUCAGUUGUGCCUGUACCCUUCAACUCAAAUGGCACAGUGAGAGAGGUUCUAGCAGAACAGCAUCGUUUGUCUACGCAGGCCAGAAAGCAUCGUCAUAUCCACGCCCAAACCAUCCGCAAGCUCUUGAAGAAAGAAAGAGGCGAGUCACUGUAUCCCGGCGUUUUUACCUUUCACGCCAGCAGUGAAGUAGAGCUCAUGACAGCUUCUUCUGGAACUCUCUGGAACACCAAGUCCAAUGACUUUGGGCUGAUUGUUGAGCACCCCAUGGCUCUAAACGUGUUCCGGGAGCCUGAUGGCACCGUUGUCCUUGAAGCAUCGUCUCUAAACACCAUUAUGAGUUCCACACAAUUGGCUAUCUUUAUCCGCCAAAUCGAUGCCCUUGUUGGUGCGAUGCUCGGCAACCCGGACGUGCCUCUCAGAUCCCUUCCAAGUUCCAUUGAAAAGGAUUUGUUAUCAAUCUCUGCCCCCAGCCCAAGCGAUGCCGUAAGGGAAUCAACAAACUCAAGCCCAGUUCGCUGGAUUGAGUCCACCGCUGAACAACAUCCCGAGUGGACGGCAGUCGAAGAGACGCUGUCAAUUACGGAAGCCGGAGUUGAACAGUUUUAUAUGAGCUACGGCGAGCUCAAUGCUUCUGCAAACCGGGUUGCAGCUUAUCUUAGCCACAUCGGGAUCAAAAACCGGGCGGUUGCUCUGUGCUCUCGCCGAAACCUUACCUCCUACCCUGUACUGGUCGGAAUUAUCAAAUCUGGCAACGCUUAUCUUCCUAUUGAUGAAGGACUUCCGGAUGAUCGCAAAGCAUUUCUGAUCAAAGAUGGUGAUGCACCCGUCGUAUUUACUGAGACAGCUUUUUUUUCGACUUUUGAAGGCGUACCGAGUCAAUGCAGAAUUGUGUGCAUUGACGAGCCGUCAUUCCAGCAAGAUCUUUUGGCUUUUUCGUCCGAGAACCAGACUUAUCUUGCCAAUCCUCACGAUACUGCAUACAUUCUGUACACUUCAGGAUCGACCGGCAAACCCAAGGGUGUCAUGAUUACUCGUGCCAAUCUGUCUUCCUUUAUCGAGUCUCUGUCUGAGUUCGUCUGCCGUAUCGCACCAGCCACCCGCGAGCUUGGUGGCAAGGGACGCUGGUUGGGCCAAGCCAGUCGAGCAUUUGACCCCCAUAUCGCUGAGAUGUAUUUUCCAUGGCGACACGGCAUGGCGACAUCUACUGGCGCACGGUCCCUAUUGAUGGAUGAUCUCAGAUUGACGCUUGCUAAGUUGGAGAUCUCACAUGCCGGUUUCGUUCCAUCGUUGCUCGAUCAGGCCGAUAUCCGUCCCCAAGAUUGCCCAAGUCUUGUACUCUUGAGUGUUGGAGGAGAAAAGAUAUCCCAAAGGGUCCUGGAUACUUGGGGCUGUGCAAGUCAAGUGGCAAUCAUGAAUGCUUAUGGACCUACUGAGCUGACGGUUGGAUGUUCAUUUGCACCGGUCCAUACACAUAGCACCCUGCGCAACAUUGGACUCCCUUUGACUUCAUGUGCUUGCCAUGUUCUCCUUCCCGACACCCUUGACUAUGCGCUCCGUGGGCAGACAGGAGAGCUCUGCUUCACUGGUGAUCUUGUCGGGAAAGGAUAUUUGAACAGACCUGAUGCCAAAGGGUUUGUGAUAGGGCCUGACCAGGAGAAGAUGUACCGUACUGGUGAUGUCGGAAGAAUAAUGGCAGACGGUAGCAUCGAGUAUCUUGGGCGCGGCGAUGAUCAAACCAAGAUUCGGGGCCAACGGCUUGAGUUGGGCGAAGUUUCCGAGGUUAUCAGAACCUCUUCUAGGGCAUCGAUUGACGUUGUCACUAUUAUUGCCAAACACCCUGGCCUUGCGCGACAGCAGCUUGUCUCAUUCAUCGCGCGCCUGGAACAUCAGCGAUGUACUGCAAAGGAUGAUCUCUCCAUUAUCCCGGCUGAUAUCAGCACCUUUUGCAAGGAUCUCCGAGACAUAUGCCGCCAGAAGCUGCCCAGUUACAUGGUACCAGAUAUUGUACUUCCUGUCAACCGCAUACCAUUCGCUGCCAUGUCAGAUAAGGUGAACAGCAAGUUACUGCAAGAGCUAUUUGCAAGUAUCCCCCUAUCUGACAUUCUGCGUGGAAAUGAGACAACGCACAGUGAUGUGAAAGAGGUCAGAGAAUUGACAAGGGAAGAAGAGGUUAUCGCUGACGCUAUCUGCCACACACUUGCGAUUGACCGGUCUAUGAUCCAUCCACACACCAACAUCUUCGAGAUUGGCAUCGACAGUCUAAGUGCAAUCAAUCUCUCUAUCCACCUUCGACAUACCGGCUUGCCCGCUUCCGUGGCACUUGUCAUGAGCAAUCCUGUCGUAGAACAGCUCGCCCACCUGUCAUGCAAGUCAAACCCAUCAUCGGAGGCAGUUUCUUCAUCAGAAAUCCAACAGAGCAGACUCUCGAAGCUAGAGGAGCUCUUUGACGCUCGAUUAUUUAAGAUAGAUGGGCUAUCUGUAGCGUCUGUGAGACCUUGUUUGCCGCUUCAAGAGGGUCUUGUGGCUCGCUCUAUAAACAACAAUUCAGGUCUCUACGUCAACCAUAUCGCGCUGAAGAUGAACUCGGCUACUGAUGCAACCCGUCUCAAAAACGCAUGGCAGGACACCGUCAAGGAAACUGAAAUUUUGAGAACGGUUUUCGUUCCACUGCAGUCGGAGAUUGCACAGGCCGUACUUGAUCCAGACUGUCGCUGUGAUUGGACAGAGGCACAAUACGAUGACCUAGAGAUGGCCAUGACAGACUUCCAGAGUCGCCAGGACGCGAUUGGUCGUAACAUUACCAGCAACAUAAUGUCGAUCCCUCCUGUCCGCAUCUUGCACGCAGUUACCACCGUUUCCAGACUGCCACUCGCCUUGUUUAUCUCGAUACAUCACAGCCUCUACGAUGGCGCAUCACUUGGUAUGUUACUGCAAGACUUUGCUGCGCGAUAUUUACCAGAAAUGGCCCCACCUCAGCGAGGAUCACCCGAGACUUUCAUUAAGGAAGUUUGUUCCCAGAACAUUGACAAAUCGGAGUCGUUCUGGUGUCAGAAACUUGCUGGUUGUAAGCCAACGAUUUUCACGAAACCAGUGUCUGGCCUUGACCCGCAUAUUCACUCUAGAAAGCUAUCGCCAUCCCUCCCAGAUCUCGAGAGCUGUGCAGCUCGCAUGAAAUCUACACUAUCUUCACUGGUGCAGGCGGUUUUUGCUUUGACCUUGGCCGAUGCGGUAAGCACAUCUGAUGUGACCUACGGCGUUGUACUUUCUGGAAGGGCGGUCCCAGUUGCAGGAGCAGAUACUGUGCUUCUGCCAUGUAUUGCUACUGUUCCUGCCCGACUCAAUCUAGAAUGCCUCUCUUCGAUGGAAGACGUCAUCCAGCAUGUGCAAAAGGGUACUGCCCAGGCCCUAGAUCAUCAACAUACAUCUCUGCGACAUAUUCAGCGGUGGAUCAAAGCAGAGGGUGCUAUCUUUGACUGCCUUUUCUCUUUUACCAAGUCUGCCGAGGUUCAGAGUCAUGACCUAUGGGAGGAGAUGGAAAGCAACAUGCCUUCGGAGUAUCCUCUUGCUCUAGAGGUUGAAGCGGAUGAAAAGAAUAAGUGUGCUUUUCUGACCUGUGGUGUUACAUCAGCCUUUGGUCAGACCGAUGAUGCCCAGGACCUCAUGGCAAAGAUGGACUUGAUUCUCUCCGCCAUGGUAUCGAAUCCAUCCAUCUCUCUUGAUUCUCUCAAUCUUUCCUGGUCAAGUGCUACCCCCACAACGGAUACCAAGAAAGACUGGGAGGAUCGUCCAUGGUCGAACCUGGAAGUGGAGAUUUGUGAACUUGUCAAACGUUUCUGUGGUAUUGACGGAGAACAAAUAUCCAGAAACGCAUCAUUCUUCAGUCUUGGGCUGGAUUCCGUCACCGCGAUACGAUUCUCCAGCCAACUACGUGAUGCGGGAGUAUCUGUGUCGUCGGCUGAAGUAAUGCGUUUUUCUUGCAUUGGAGCAUUGGCUCACAGCGUGGUUGAGAAAGCCGCAUCCGAGGUUCCCAGCCCGCCACUGUCCAAUUUUGAUGACGAUACCCAGCUGGACGGAUUUAUAUCCGAAGUGGAACGGCUCAGUCCAAACGACAGGAUCGAGUCAGUCUUCAAGUGCAGCCCACUGCAGACUGCUAUGAUUACCGAAACCAUUGAAUCAAACGGGAUUGUUUAUGUUCAUCCACACAUCGUAAGACUCUCGGAUUCUACCAGUGUUGAUCGGCUGAAGGAAGCGUAUCGCCUUGUGGUCAUGGCUAACGACAUUCUGCGCACUUCAUUUCAUCCUGUUCCGGAAAUGGAGAUGGACUUCUCCUGGUUCGGCGCCGUUCACAGCGACUCCCCAGCUACUUGGCAGGAAACAACUGUUCCAAGGGGCACCAACAUCGCUCAGGCAGCCAUGCAACUGGUGAGAUUGGAUACACAAUCGGCCUUUUCCACGCCACCGAUUCAACCUGUGAUUGUCAGUGAGAGUGGACAAAGGCUUCUGGUCAUUAUCAUGCAUCACACACUUUAUGAUGGUGUUUCGCUGCCAUUUAUUUUCGAUGAUCUAGCGUUGGCCUACCAGGGUGCCUUACUACCGAUUCGUCCACCAUUUGCGACCAUAGUCCGUUCCCUGUCACAAGAUCAAACUGAGGCUUGCCAAUUCUGGGCCGAUACUUUUGAAGGAUUUGAAGCCACACCACUACCGCGAUCACCUCAUCGUCAACCAUCCUCAGGAAUGUUUUAUUCUGAAGCCAAGAUUGACCUUGACAUGACGGACAUCCUGGAAAACUGCAAAGAGAUGGAAGUCACGGUGCAAAGUGUUGCCAUUCUCGCCUAUGCCAAGGUCCUCGCAAAGUUGUCAGGGAAACGAGACGUGGCAUUUGGUCAAGUCCUCGCCGGGCGCUCAUCGUUGGGACUUAACGCUGAACAGAUGAUACAAAAGCUCACUACCGAGGCGCAGAAUCAUGACCAUGCUCCCUUGCAUGACGUGCAGAAGUCUCUAAGGCCCAAGGGUAUACUACGUGAGGCCACAUUAGUCGACACUUUGUUUGUGUUCCAGAAUAGUGUGCGGACAUUACGCGAUGACCUGGCGGAUAGCAAGAUUUGGAUGCCUUACAUCACGGAUGACUACGUUCCCAAGUCCGAGUACAAGAUGAAUACCGAAGUCGAACAAACAGACAAAGCAAUCACAGUUCGCGCCUCAUGCCAGGGAGUGAUCAUGUCUCAACAGGAUCUCGACCAGGCUCUGAGGGACUUCAAUCAAGCAUUCUACGAUAUUGUCAAGCAUCCGUUGCGAUGUGUUACAAUAUUCCCUGACGAGCUUCAGAGCCUCCCCCUGAGCUUUGGAUCUUCCGCUGACAGCGCGGUCUUAGCGGCUGGCUCACCGGCUCCGUCUCAUGAGAAUAUCAUCCGAGACAUAUUGUCCCAGGUUUCCAGAGUACCGGGGGAAUCUAUCCAGCCAGAUACAAGCAUCUUCAGUAUUGGAUUGGAUUCCCUUUCUGCAAUCCAUGUUGCGUCUUUGUGCCGCGCUGCCGGUUUCAAAGCUGGCGUUUCUGAUGUUCUUCAAGGAAACACCCUUCGUGGUAUUUCCCUACAAGUUCAAGCUCUCCCACAGGAGAAGAAUGAUAGAAAGUCGCUCAUGAAGGACUACGGCAAUGUCAAAGAAGACAUUGUUGAUCGGUUGGGUCUGAGGCCAAAUGCAAUCGAAAAGAUCCUUCCUUGCCUUAGUGGCCAAAUGUAUCAUCUGGCUUCAUGGUUACAGACAGGUCGGGCACUAUUCGAGCCCGUAUGGCCACUUUCAUGCUCAGAACGCAUAGACGUGGAAAUUAUGAAAGAUGCCUGGUUCUUACUACGUCAAAAUAAUCCUAUCUUGAGGACUUGCUUUUACUCUAUCUCGCCUUCUGAGGUCGUACAGGUUGUCUUGGCCGGAUGCGACCGCGACGACGGAACGUUUCAGGUUGCAACGUCUACGGGAACUCUGGAGGAUCUUGCCAUAUCCCAGGCACGAGAGGCUGCGUUGAAACCGUCAUCUCUAGAGACACCUCCUGUGCGGCUUAUCCUUCUCAAGGCUGGCGACAGAGAUGGUAUUCAUAUACUAAUGAAUCAUGCGAUAUAUGACGCAUGGACGAUGCCGCUCUUUAUUGAUGAACUGACAGGCCAUUACCGCGGAGUGAGCCCGGCAUCGAGGCCUGAUUUUUCUUCAUUCAUUGAGUUCACAUUGGAGUCAUUGGCAGAGAUGGAUGAGCCUAGCUAUUGGCGUUCGGCAGUUGGCCACAGUGCUUCGACUCUCAUUAAGCCUUCUGUUAGCGGCAAAGCUAAGGAUAACAAUCAGUUGUUCGUUGGUGCCUGGGAAGCAAUUAAGGACUUUGGUCAUUUGGAUGGAGUUUGUCGAUCCUCAAACGUCACCUUUCAAAGCAUCGUCAUUCUUGCCGUCGCUCGUAUUCUUGCUCGAGACACUGGUCUACCAAGCCCAACACUGGGUCUAUACCAAACCGGUCGAUCAGCUUCCUUUGACGAUGUUGAUCGCCUUACGGGGCCUUGCUUGAACGUCACUCCUCUCACUGUUCAAGACGCGUUGCCAAAGGGGGAUGCUGAGUCUAUUCAAGUUGCUAAAGAUGCCCAAUCGAUCCAGGCUGCACUGGCAGAACGUGUGCCGUAUGAACAAAGCUCAUUAAGGGAAAUCCUAAGCCCUUGGAAGGAGGGCGCUGGAGAUACAUCAUUGCAUUUGUUCAAUGUGUGGUUGAACCUUCUUUGGAUGGAACCAAUGUCUCAAGCUACGGAAGUUGAUCCCAAGUCUGACCAGUCGAAGCCUUUGUUAGAGCAUUUACCUAUCGGCGUGCCUACCGACUUUAUGCCACCAGAGCCCUUCUCUCAUAGCAAUAGCUCCGCCACAUCGAUCUCUAACCUCGACAUAUCUUACCUGCCCGAAGAAAAUAUCUACAUUGAUGUUGCUCCUGAUAUUCUAACAGACACAAUCGGCUUUGGUGUCCGCGUACAAGGAGGGCUAAUGGAUGAGAUGGAAACUCGAGUUUUCGUGGAGCGUAUAGGUAGGGAGAUUUCAACACUUGUGAAAGAAAUGGAAUAG